AUGGCAGAUUCUGUACGUCUAGCUACCCAUGCUGGAACCUGGUAUUCCAAUCAUGCAAGUGAGCUAUCGUCUACGUUGCAGAGCUAUCUGAAUAAUACUGGCAAGAAAAGCGGUUCUAUUCCAGGUGCAAGGAUUGUGGUAUCACCGCAUGCAGGCUAUAGAUAUUGUGGACCAACUAUGGCGCAUUCUUAUGCUUGCCUCGAUAUUAAUUCAGAUGUGAAGAAAGUUUUCAUUAUUGGUCCAUCACAUCAUGUCUACUUCAAGAACAAGGUGCUACUGACAAAGUUCAAGGAAAUAGAAACGCCAAUUGGCAAGGUCAAAGUCGAUCAAGAGAUAACGGAGGACUUGUUGAGAGGCGCAAACAAGGAAAUUUUCGGUUUCAUGGACGCUGAGACUGAUUUAAAUGAACAUUCACUUGAAAUGCAAUUCCCAAUGCUUAUUCAGACUUUAAAAUGGAGGAAAAAACCGCCGGAAGAAGUUGAAGUUGUUCCAUUGCUAGUUUCUCAUAACAGUACAGAUGUUGAUUAUGCGAUUGGUAGGGUCUUGAAAGAGUACCUCAAAGAUCCUACAGUUCUGUUCAUAUUAAGCAGUGAUUUUUGUCAUUGGGGGAGGCGAUUUGGGUAUACGGGCUAUUGUGGCAUGGAAAGUGAGUUAGACGAAGCUAUUGGCGAAGAAACUGAGAUUGAAAUGCUCACAUCCCGAAGUAAACUAUCACAUCAUCAAUUAGACAUUUGGCAAUCUAUUGAAUUAAUCGAUAGAGGUGCAAUGAGAGUUUUAAGUGAUAGCAAAAACGACUCGAAGUAUAACAUGUGGAAAAAAUAUCUUGAGAUCACUGGUGACACUAUUUGUGGUGCGAAACCAAUAGCCAUUGUACUGUCCGCGAUCUCAUUCAGCGAAAGAGAGGUUGUGUUCAAAUGGCCGCAUUAUUCUCAAAGUUCAAAAGUUUCGAAUUUAAAUGACAGUAGUGUAAGUUAUGCAGCAGGCUAUGCUACCCUCUUAUAA